CGCCCGGAUUGUGACGGUUGGAGUUUAGAAUCUUUGCGGUCGGUCUGUCGCCUCGAGUCGACGGAAAGGUCCGUCUUUAGCCGAAGAGAGCCGAAGUUCCAGCGCACGGGGCUUGACCGUUGACGAUCCGUCGGUGUGGUGAUACAGACUGCGGUGCUGAGGUGUGGCGGUGGGCUGAGCGGUCAGUGAGCGGAGGGUGAGACAGCAUUGCAGACGGUGGGACAGUCGUCCACUCACAGCAGGGGGUGCUGACCUCACGCAGGUCCUGACCUACUUCUCUACUGCACACUGCGCUGUCUGGAAGGCGAGAGCAGCUUCUUACUCAGGUGACUUGUAGAUCAGUACAGGUGCUGAUAUGAGCAGAGAGGUCAGCGCAGGGGUGGUGACGACCCCUCCUCCUCCCAGCGUGGGUCAGAAGGAGAGGUACUUCGACCGAAUCAACGAGAACGACCCGGAGUACCAGCGCAGCCGCAACAUGUCGCCCGACCUGCGCCAGGACUUCCACAUGAUGGAGCAGAAGAAGAGAGUUACGCAGAUACUGCAGAGCCCUGCGUUUAAGGACGAGCUGGAGGGGCUGAUCCAGGAGCAGAUGAAUAAGGGCAAUGACCCAGCCGGCCUCCUCGCCCUGCGCCAAAUCGCAGACUUCUUCAUGACCAGCUCCAUCGCUGGCUUCUCCACCUCCCCCCUCAGUCUGGGCAUGGUGACCCCCAUCAAUGACCUGUUUAGCACGGAGUCCAGCAACAUGGUGAAGGGCGAGAAGCAGACGCGCUGCAAGCUGGCCAGCCUGUAUCGGGUAGUGGACCUGUUCAGCUGGGCUCACUUCGCCAACUCCUACAUCACUGUCCGGGUCAGUAAGGAGCAAGACCACAUUCUCAUCAUCCCCAGAGGGCUGUCCUUCGCUGAGGCCUCUGCUUCCAAUCUGGUGAAGGUGAAUAUUCUGGGCGAUGUGGUGGAUCAGGGCUCCACUAACCUGCAGAUCGAUCCAUCUGGGUUCAGCCCUCACGCUGCCAUCUACUCCAUGAGGCCAGACGUGCGCUGCAUCAUCCACAUACACACCCCUGCUGUAGCAGCCGUUUCGUCUAUGAAGUGUGGUCUGCUGCCCAUCUCUCAGGAGUCCCUGAUUCUGGGGGAUGUCGCCUACUUCAACUACCAGGGCAGCCUGGACGAACAAGAGGAGAGAGUGGAGCUCCAGAAAGCGCUCGGCCCUUCAGCUAAGGUGCUGGUUCUGAGGAACCACGGUGUGGUGGCUUUGGGGGAGACCAUUGAAGAGGCCUUCCACUACACUUAUACUGCCCAGCUCGCCUGCGAGAUCCAGGUGAAUGCAUUCUCCUGUGCUGGAGGAGUGGAAAACCUGAUUGUGUUGGAUUUAGAGAAGUAUAGGUCUCGGACGCAGGGCGUGGCUGAGGUCGGCGUCAACUUGGGCUCCCAUCACAAGUGGAAAAUCGGAGAACUGGAGUUUGAGUCCCUCAUGAGGAUGCUGGACAACCUGGGUUACCGGACGGGCUAUGCUUAUCGGCACCCAAUCGUGCGGGACAAGCCGCGGCACAAGAGCGAAGUGGAGAUCCCGGCCACGGUGACUGCUUUCUCGUUUGAUGAGGACGAGGUACCGCGCCUCCCCUUCAAGCUUCUGCAGCAGCGGCAGCAGAGAGAGAAAACCCGCUGGCUCAACUCCCCCAACUGCUACACCAAGGUCAACGUGGCUGACGGGAGCAGCGAGGAGAGCGUGCGCGUCAGGACCAUGUGGAUGAAGUCUGAAGACGGCAGCUCCAGCAGUGGCACCCCGAUUCGCAUCGAAGACCCCAACCAGUUUGUCCCCCUCAACACGAACCCCAGUGAGGUUCUUGAGAAGAGAAAUAAAAUCAGAGAGCAGAACCGCUAUGACAUGAUGUCUGCUGGGCCACAAUCUCAAAAGCUGGCUGGCAUUGUCGUGGAGAGACCGCCGGAGCCGUCCUCUGCAAAGCCCUACACAGGUGGAGAUGAGGAUCAGACAGAGCCUCUCCCACCCAACCCAUUCAGCGAGCUAACCGAGAGGGAGCUGAACGACUACAAAAAACGAGUGGAGCGCCAGCAGCUGGGACUUGAUGAGGAAGAGCAGGAUCAGCUAACGUCUGACGAUGCUUCCACGCUCUCCCAGUCUGUGUCUCAAACUCAGUCACCACAAAACACACCUGCAAAAGAAGAGAACCACACGAACAUCCUUCUGAACGGCAAAGAUGACCACGGCGAGGAGGAGGAGCUGAGCAAGCGCAUGAGUCAGCUGACCACCAGCGUGGAGAGCGUGGAGAUCACGGUGCGCUCAGGGGAGAAGAUCGAGGAGGCCCUGUCGCCCGAAAGCUCGCCCUCCAAAUCACCCAACAAGAAGAAGAAGAAGUUCCGAACCCCAUCGUUCCUGAAGAAGAAUAAAAAGAAAGAGAAGGUGGAAGCUUAAGAAGGUUGUUGGGGAGGGAAGAGGACCCACAACCUGUCCGUCUGUCUGUCCGUCUGUCUGUAUACCCUUUUGUGUUUAAGUUUUGUUUUUAUGAUGUCCUUUUUAUGGAUUUUAUUUUAAUUUUUUUAACAAUGGUUAUUUGGGGGGAAAACAAUUUUUUUCGGCACAUGUUUUGGGAAGGGAAGCGGACAGGGCAGCAUGAGACACUGCACACGCGUUUCUUUUCCUAGAGGCGCGUCACGUUCCGGAAGAUGUGAAUUGAAAUGUGGGCUUAAAACAGGGAGAAUUAGUCCUGGGAAACUGGCUCUUCCUUGAAUCCAUCUCAGCUUUGGUAGACUGAACACACACACACAUAUAUGGAAACAAACCAGUAAACAUCUGGUGGACACCAUCUCUGGGCAGGUACUGCAGCAGUCCUGUUAAACGGGUUUUUUGUUUUUUGGGGUUUAUUUUUCCCUCUUUCUCCUCCCACUUUCCUCCUGUUAGCAUAUUAAGCCUUUUUAGCUCCUCAAACAGCUACCAUGCUCAUUGUUUCUGCCUCUCCUGUUGAGUUUCACCCAGUUUAAACAAUGCAACAGAGAUAUAAGACACACUGGACACUUGUUUUGGGAUUUUUCUACAGCCCCCCACUUCCUUCUAAACCGUUUCAUUUGAAUCAGUCUGUUUCUCUAGUGAUGAACAGCAGCGGCGUCUGGGCUACAGGCGUUCGUCUGCACUGACUAGUCUGAUAAUCCUGUUAGCAUCUCUGCUCUUGCCAAACACACAAGAUUAACACCGAAAAGCAAUCACGUUUUAGUGAAGUGUAAUUUCAUUCUUUUACCUUUAGACAUCAACUCAUCUCUAGAUACCAAUUAGGUUUUUUUUUCUUUCUUUUUUUGUGAAACACAAUUUUUGUCCGCUCAGUUUUGUACUCAUUUCUACACUUUUACAGCGAAUACAAAUGUUUAAGCAUGUUUUUAUUUUAUUUUGCUAGAGUCUACGUUUCUACAGCUGAUAAUGUAGUGAUGCUUGAUUUCUCAGCUCUAUUAUAACUCUGAUUACUAAAAACACAAAUAUAUAUAAAAAAAAACUGGAUGAGUGACAUAUUUUAUUUUUGUGCUGCACUUUCAUUGUAGUGUAUGUAUGUAUGUGUGUAUAUAUAUAUAAAUAUAUAAAUGCAUAUAGAUGAUUUCAGCUUUUGAAGGCGUCUGGGAGAUUGCAGAAAGUUGGUGGCAGGUGGAUUUCCGCAGCAGGUCGUGGUAGGGACGGAGACGAGGAAGGCAAAUGCAGUGGGAUUGUGGUUCAUCUGUGUUAUGCUAAAGGAUAUGCUCUAUAUAUUUGUAGCUUUUAUUACAGUUUAAAAGAAUCCUGUUUCCCAGAGCAAGGAAAUUUCACCUAGUGAAAUGCAGGCCAACAUGGCUUCUUUUGUUUGUUUUUAAAGGCAUGUUUGAAAGCCAUACAUUUCUCGGUAUAGCAAGACAAAGGACGUUUAGCUCCGUUUUUAAACUAGUCCUAGGAUAACCCCACAAAGGUUUUAUUCCAUUGGAAUGGCAUGUGUUCCUCAUGGACUAGUUUGAAAAACCAUGGGUUAACUAGAUGCCUGCAUGGUUGGCCCAUGCCCUGAGAGUGCUCUACCAAUCAGAAGGAAUAUUAGGACACUCUUAAGUUGACCUGAUGAAAUCCGUAUGUCACAUUACCCAACGAUGGGAUCCCAGCUUUGUUCCUGUGGCAUUAGUGUUGGUCACUUAAGGUCAGCUCUCUCUUCCAGAGAAGAGGAAACAAGUGAAAUGGGACUGAUUUGUACUCUGGUGGUGUUUUAAGCUGAGAGCCAAAUUAUCGUGAAGACGAAAGAUGGAAUUCAAAGUCCCUGAGCCUCAAGGCAGCUUUCUUAAAAUAAAUUUUAAAAAGCCAAUGACUAAACUCUCUAAACUAACGUCUGGAUAGUGCCAGGAUUAUAUACUUAAGUUUGAACCCUGCUAAACCACGUUUCCACCGGUGUCUCUGAGUUUGAGGCAUUCAAUCCCAGCGAGCAAUGUGAAGCAGAGACGUGGAGAGGGGUGUUUUGGGUUUUUUUUGUUUGUUGUUUGUUUUGUUUUGGGGUUUUUGUCCUGCCCAUGACCAGCCUCAUCUCUUUGGCUAAGAUUGAACUACUAGCCAUACUCCCAAACAGUUUGGUUCUAGAAUCCUCCACUGAAGAUGAGCCUCGCCUCCUGUGCUAGGAUUGGUUAGUAGUUUUGUACGCUCAAGCAGCCUGCUAUUCUAUAAAGCUUUAAACACGACAAGCCCCGCCUCCUGCGCUUGUCCAGUAGUUUGUUCACUCAAGCAGUCUAUCCUCAAAUACUUCUGUUGAGACAAGCCCAGCCUCAUGUGCUAGGACUCACUAGUAGUUCAUACUCCCGAACAGAGUGCGGAUCUAGAUUGCUUAGUUGAAGACGAGCUCCACCUCCUGUGCUAGGAUUGGCUAAUAGUUUUGUACACUCAAGCUGUCUGCUAUUCUAGAAGGCUUUAAUCAGGAGAAGUCCUGCCUCCUGUGCUAGGAUUGUUCAAAUCCCCAAGCAGUCUGUGGUUCCAGAAUGCUUCAUUCAAGACAAGGCCCACCUCCUACGCUAGUAUUGGCUACCAAACAAUCCACUAUUGUAGAAUAUUUUCAGGCAAGCCCCGCCCCCUGCUCUAGGAUUGGCUAGUAGUUAUACUCCCAAACAGAAUGCUGUUCUAGAUUGCUUUAUUCAAGAAAAGCCCUGCCUUGACAUACUCAAGACCCCCAUUAUCAAAUGCUGCAAUUGAGACAGGUUCUGCUUCCUGUGCUAGUAAAUUUGUACUCAAGCGGUCCGCUGAUCUCGAAUGCUUCGCUCAAGACAAGCCCUGCCUCUUGCGCUUUUCUAGAAUGCUUUGAGUCAAGUCCCGCUUCCUGAACCAGGGUUAGCUAGUAUCUCAUACCCUUGAACUGUCCGAUAUUCUAGAAGGCUUAAAUGAAUACAAGUCCUGCCUCCUGCACCAGGACUGUCAAGUCUUGAACUGGCUGAUAUUCUGGAAAUGCUUGUCAAGACACAUCCCACCUCCUGUUAUGAUUGGUUUGUAGCUCAUACUCUUGAACUGUCCGCCAUUCUAGGAUGCUUUAGUCAAGACAAGUCCCGACUUCUCUGCUAGGAUUGGCUACUAUCUCAUACUCUUGAACUGGAAAAUAUGCUAAGAUGUUUGUCAAGACAAAUCCCGAUCUCUGAUACUCUUGAACUGUCCGCAGUUCUAGAGUGCUUUAGUCAAGACAGGCUCCGCCUCCUGCACUAGGAUUAGCUAGUAUUGUAUAGUCUUGAACUGUCUGCUCUUCUAGAACACUUAAAUCAAUACAAGUCUCACCUCCUGCACUAGGAUUGGCUAGUAGCUGAUACUCUUGAACGGUUUACCAUUCUAGAAUGCUUUGGCAAAGUCCCGCCUCCUCUGCUAGGAUUGGCCAGUACCUCAUGCUCUUGAGCUAUUCACCGUUCUUGAAAGUUUAAGUGAAGACAGGCUCCGCCUCCUGCUCUAGGACUGGCUAGUAGCUUAAACUCUAAUGCAUUGUACUGUAAUGGACUAUGCGAGUAUAAACCGUUGGCCAGUGCUUACGCAGUGGGCAGGGUCUGGUCAGGAUUUGGCUUUAAGAAAGGAGAAGGUGAAAAGCAUGUGGCCUCGAACGGGCAGGUCAGAAGGGACCGUUCGGUCCAAAACGUUCACAUGGCUAACUAGUCAUUGGUGCCCUGCUAGCUCCUGGUUGUUUUUAGCUGCGCUGGCUUUAUUUAGGUGGACCUUCAAGGCGGACCAUGUCUGGGCAUGGUGGUAAGUAAUGGAGAGGUUUAGAAAAUGCAGGGUUGGGGAUCAAAAACAGAUGCUAGUUUUCUUUUCUUUCUUUUUUUUUUUUUUUUUACCGCUUCAGUUUUAUUUAAUUUUCCUACCACCUUUUCUGUUUGCAAAGGUCUUUCCUCCCUUCAUGUAGUAUCACAGUAUUUUUCUGUUUGUCUUUUUUAGUUUACAGAGAUUCACAUUUUAAUCAUUUUACGAGCGUUAAUGGCUCCCAACUAAACGAAUGUGCAUUAUUUCUUUUCCGUUUCAUUUCCUCCGACCGUUUGCACUUUUUUUUUUUUUUUUGGAUUAACUAAUGCUUCUUUUCUCCAUGUAGUCCUCCAUUCCAGAGGAGGUUUUUUAUUUUAUUUUUUUUCGCUUUGGCAUGCGAGUGUGAGCCAAGCCUCGAUGUGACCUGUGAAAAAACGUAUAUGAAUUGUUAUCUAAUGGACUUGCUUUAGAUUGUACUGCUAAUCAAUGUAAAUUCACAAAUAAAAAGCUAUUUUAAGAAACAAA